CAAUAAAUAGUUUGACAAAGAUUUCUCCCUUCUUUGGAGUGCAAUCAUUGUAUGUAUAAUUCAUCAUUUCCCUAUUGAGAAAAAGGACUUUUAGGGGCUUUUUAUCAUCAGGGUCGGUUAUGGAAAAGAUGGUUUUUGUCAUAUCAUUUUGCAUGCUUUUCAGUUUUGCAUCCAUUGAAGCAGUUCAAAAUGGCUCACUCAUAACUCACUUACCAGGCUUCAACGGUGCUUUCCCAUCCAAACACUACUCAGGAUAUGUAAGCGUAGAUGAGAAGAAUCUCUUCUAUUACUUCGUUGUUUCAGAAAGAAACCCAUCGAGGGAUCCAGUUGUUUUGUGGCAAAAUGGUGGACCUGGAUGCUCUAGCUUUGAUGGUUUUGUUUAUGAACAUGGCCCUUUUAAUUUUCAAGAAGGAAAACCCAAAGGAAGCUUGCCCACAUUGCAUCUCAAUCCAUACAGUUGGUCUAAGGUUUCAAAUAUCAUUUACUUGGAUUCUCCGGUUGGUGUUGGCCUCUCUUACUCUCAAAAUACAAGCACAUACAUAACCGGAGACUGGCAGACUGCAGUUGACACACAUACCUUCCUCCUCAAGUGGUUCGCUCUCUAUCCGGAGUUUGUUAGCAAUCCAUUUUACAUCUCAGGAGAGUCCUAUGCAGGAAUUUAUGUGCCCACUCUUGCUUCCGAAGUGGUGAAAGGAAUCAAAGCCGGUGCAAAGCCCACAAUCAAUUUCAAGGGUUACAUGGUGGGAAAUGGUGUGACAGACCCAGUUUUUGAUGGGAAUGCACUUGUCCCCUUUGCACAUGGGAUGGCCCUCAUUUCAGAUGACAUUUUUAAGGAAGUUGAAGUCGCUUGUGGAGGAAACUAUUCUAACCCAGCCGAUACUUGUGAUCAAAAACUUGAAAAAGUUUACUCGGCAAUUGCCGGUUUAAAUAUUUAUGACAUUCUUGAACCUUGCUACCAUGACCCCAAAGCUCAACAAAACACAAAAGGAAACACAAGCUUGCCAGUCAGCUUCCAGCAAUUAGGUGUUACAGAGAGGCCUCUUGCAGUGAGAAAGCGGAUGUUUGGUCGUGCUUGGCCAUAUCGGGCACCAGUUAAGGAUGGCAUUGUCCCUUUAUGGGGGGCUGAACUAGCAGAAAACCAGCUGCAUGUGCCUUGUACUAACGAUGAAGUUGCAACGAGAUGGCUAAAUGAUGCAGCAGUGAGGAAUGCAAUUCAUGCACAACCAGAAAAUGUAGCAGGCCCUUGGGAGUUAUGUACAACCAGAAUAAGCUAUUAUCAUAAUGCUGGGAGUAUGAUUCCUUACCAUAAACAACUAACAGCUGAAGGUUAUCGAGCACUUAUUUUCAGUGGAGACCAUGAUAUGUGUGUGCCAUUCACUGGGACCCAAGCCUGGACGAAGUCACUUGGAUAUAAGACAAUAACUCCAUGGAGAUCAUGGAUAUCUAAUGGCCAAGUUGCUGGGUACUUGCAAGCAUAUGACCAUGACAUUACCUUUCUAACAAUCAAGGGUGCGGGACAUACAGUCCCUGAAUACAAGCCGAAGGAAGCAUUAGACUUCUACAGCCGAUGGUUGGAUGGAAAACCAAUAUGAAAUUGAAGAUAGAUUUCUUCCUUAAGACAAAAAUACCCUUCCAUUUU